CGUCGAUAGUGUCGGAAGAUGAUAGUUCUAGUGCAGAUUUUUCAGAUUAUUCCCAAUUUUCGGAAUCGUGGGACUACGAUGUGUAUGAAAAAAGAGAAAGAAAGGCUCAAAGAAUAGUACCUAAUGGAAAACCCGUUAAUAUAGUUACUAAUAUUCUCAAUCGACAGGUAUGUUUGUGAAUCCUAACCUCAAAGUCGUACGUCAAAUAAACAAUACUUUUGAAAAUUUUCAGUUAUACGGACGGUUUACUAGGAAUCCUAAGGCAAAGACUGAAAGAAUAUUCAACGACGUUCACCCUAAAAAUAGGUUUGCCCUAAAUUCGCUUCUUGAAGAGCAUGAAUACCUUACUCACAUUUACAUGGGCUUUACUUUAUGUGGACGGUACUUUGUUAGCUAUACGGAAAAGUUAGUUGAAGAAGGCUUAGGACUCAUUGACUUUAAUGCUUCAUAUGAAUAUUACUUACACCUUUGGAGGUUUGUCCCAGGAAUGAAGUUGCAGUACUUGUCCAAGCACAAAAUCUUUAAGCAUAUCAAUGGUCCUUAUUCUAUUGAUAAAGUAAUAUUCAUGCAAUCCCCAGGAGACUUGUAUAAAUUAGUAUGCUACGGAGUAGGAUCUACAAGUCCUGACUUAGUAUAUAUGUCAAUUUUGACACUACCUGCUCCAAAGAAUUGUAAACAUUGUAAUGCUGGUUUUUUACCAUUUGAUGAAUCUGUGAACCAAGGUUGGUGCAUCAAACAUGGCUUUAUAGUCCAUUACAUGCUUCCCACCACAUCCACCUCAAAGUUUGAUCCUCACAUCUCUUUGGCCUACCCGAACCACCUAGUGGUUAAUACUGGCCACCAUAUUCACAUUCUAAAUGUACAGUCGACUGAACCACCUCAGGCUUCCAAUGUUUCUCUUCCUAGUUUGGCAAGAGAGGAUGACAAGACUUCUCAAACACCCACCCACACCUUUACCGAUACGCUUAGUGAGGCCUCAGAAACCCCAAGUGAAUUUGGGCUUAACAGCACUGUUGAUGCCAUAUUAGAAGAUUUCAGCGAGUAUGAUCUGGAAUCUAAUGAGUGCAGCAAGCCAUUUCACGAGUUGAACAUUAGCUGUGAACCUUUGAAUGUAACAGGAAAAAGCUACCAUAACACCUUAGUACAGAAUAUCGUAGACCCAAGACUGAAAAGGCUGCAAAUGACCAGUAGUAAGGAUUACCAUUUUUCCGUGCCACAAUGUAGUAGUGCCCAGAAACCAACGGAAAAAUCUAAGAUAGAUAAGAAACUGUUGGAGAAAACGUACGAAUUUAUAGAGGAGAACGAGAAGUACGAAAAGAUUAGUAUGUUUCGUAAAAGAAGACUGGCUGAGAAGAAAUACGAGUUUUCCGAGGAUAAUAGUGAGAAUAUAGUACCGUUUUAUUCGUUAAGAAGGGAAAGAAGAUAUUUAUACAGGUCUCAGAGCCGCUGCAUCCGCUCCCCCGACCUUAUCUCCCUAUUCCUGAGCCCCCGCUCUCCCGGCUGGCGUUCCCCAAUGCAAUCGCCCAAUUCCCGCAACGGCCAGUUCAGCCCGAGCGGGGGCCGCAAUCUGUAUUGCCCGACGUCAGUUUCUAACUCUCCGCACCACUCGAAGUCCCCGAUCAGCCCCAGGGAGUCGGCGCGGAAGUUCCACGUGUACUCUCCCAGUCUGGACAGCGAUUGUUCCGAUUUCGAUUCGAGGUUGAUAUUGAAGGCACCGGGGGGCGCUAGCAUCUCUAGCGGUUCGGGUGAUACUCGUACCGGUGGUACCGGGUUGUUGAUUGUCGACCCGAAGGUGGAGGCGCCCCCGAAGUGGAUCAAAAGGAUUGUCAGGCGGUACUCGAAUGGGGAUUUCGAGAAUAGCUCGUUGGUGUCCGGGCAGAGUAGAGAUGACUACAACAUCCCGAUAGAAAUCCCGUUAUUGGUCCAGAAUCUGACUGAGCAGCACAUGGACGUCGUGCCUGAUUUCAAAGUGGACCAAGUGACUGAAAUGCAACUGAUAGUUACUCAACGAUCUUUUGACUGUGAACAGUUCGUGGAAGGAAGGGCGCAAAAAUUGUGCUCGGAUGCUCAACUCGAAUUUCUUCAUUUCAAGGAUUAUGAUAUUAGGAUUAUUCACAUCUGCCCGAUGAACGGCCACAUCACCUGUCAGGCAGUGAUCAAGAUCGGCGCGCGAUCACGUCUAGGCCCGCGCGCAACUCUGCAAAACCUCACGGCCAAUUUUUUGUUCACGUGGAGCAUCGAAACGGACGCCUUCGAGCUGUGCGACGGUGGUGGGACGGCGCGGUUAAGGACUUGCGGCGAAGACGAUGACGCGGAAGAAGAGGUAGAAACGCCGAAGGUUUCCAAUGAGAUGUGUGAUGUGCUCGUUAUGGAUUACGUGCAUACCGCAUCCACGAAACCGGCGCUCAGAGAUCAUCAGAACUAUUAUGAGGUGUGCCUAGGAUCCCAAAUCAGUACUCGUUCCCACCAAAGGUAUAUCUCCGAAUAUUCGAGCGACAGCGACUGAAAUCGAUGCAUCUUCGUGAGGUUAAGGACAGGGAAUCCGGUAAGAUGCGGCACCGAGCCUGUUGAAAUCGCUGAUACGUAAUUUAGGGUAUACACUCGGUAUUUCUUGAACAGUAUACCUACCUCUCCGUUGCGCUGGUCAUUAUAUUUAUUUAUUAGUAUCGAUUACGUCGAUUUCGUAUUUAUUUGAAUAGCGUUACUUCCAAUGAAAGUCUGAUUUGGUAAGAUUGAUGUAAAGGCACGGUUUGUUGUUUGAGCUGGUUCUUGAAUGACAUGCGAUCGUAAUAAUGACGUUUUAUAAUGAAACCUAUGAUAUUUGGAGUUUUUUCAAAAAUCAUGUUGACAUUUUUUUGUAUCAUUUAUUUUUUCAUCUUUCAAAUGAUGAUGAAUUUGACCAGCAACUAAAAAUUCGUUUCGUUAAACUGCAUUAAUAAUGUACGUCUGAAAAGAAUUCAUGUAAGGCAUGCAGUGGUCCAACGAAAAAUCAAUCGAAUUAAAUCAUGUACAUGAACAAGGGACCAUUCAUGCAAGUGUGUACAAUCCUUACGUAAAAAACUUAUAUUAUGUUAAAAAAAAAUCGGUAAAAUGUCAACUUGCGCACUAGGUAGCCGCUAGUGUGUCGCUAGUCCUUUCCGCGCCUUCUACAAGUGAGCUUGAAGUGAAUGUCGGCUAGUUCAAAUGUGACAUGUUAUAAGAAAACCAAAAAAUCUAUAUAUAAACACUUUUCCAUUAAGGACUGUUUUUCCUGAAGCUUUUGAAACCCCAUCCGUACGCGCGAAAAACAUAACCCUUCUUCUGAGACAGCGGGGUAAGAAAAAAAAAGAAAUAGCACUUAUUAUUCAUUUGGUAAGAAUUUACAAGAAUCACCCAGUCACAAUUUGCACACUGAUGAGAGCAUUAGAGCUCUCGUAAAUACGAUUCAAAAAUACAAAUUUGCUAACUUCUUCUUAAAUAUACAACAUUCGGGGCUGUCUAAGUCCUCUUCUGUGGCCUUAACGACAAACCUACGCAGCUCUGAACACCGUUGUGAAGUAUCACUGUCAACGGCGCAGUUGCACUCCCCACAAAUCGCUCUCAAGAUGGCGAAGAUUUUAUGGUUAUGGUCAUCCUGAGUCUCACGUGCGGUAAAGGGACAGGAACCAUACGCAGAAUAAGAAUUUUACAUCAAUAUAAUAUUGAAGACACUCACCAGAAAGUAACAUCGUAUCAAUAACUUGGUUCUUGCUGUAGGAAUGCGGCUAUUUCUUUUUUUUAACUGUUCGCACCGUGCUGAUCUGGAUACGGAUAUACGUCGUACUUUUUCAGUCCUUUUACGUUGGAUGCAGAGCCAAGCUGGCCGAUUCAGACUUUUCCGAAGCUUAUUAAAUUAUCUAAUAAUUUUUUUUCGUGGUAUUCUAGGGUUUUUUAACUUUUUUGAAAAAAUCAUUUAUUUACAUUAUUCGAUGAAGCAUUGCCGACUGGUGCUGUUGGUCACAAGUUUUUUUUUUACAAAGGAUUUUCCAUUAAGGAAUUGACAACUUUCUUUUUGAAUAAAACGCAAACCAUUUGAGAUAUCUCGAAAAUUUUAUUAUUGGAUUGAAGUAUACUCAAAACAUUUAUGUAUGGAAUUCGACCUCGUUCAUAUGUCCACCACGGGCACGUUCGCAGCGAUCGAUUCGUUGAACCCAAUUUUCAAUGAUUGCGUCUGAGCUCUUAGGACAUCGGCUUGUUGGCAUAGACCAAUGAUUUAAAGUAGCCCCACAAAAUAAAAGUCUAGAGGUGUUAAAUCACACGAUCUACGCGCCCAUUCGACAGGACCAUUUCUCGAUAUAACACGUUCACCGAAUUUUGUAUUCAAUACAGUGGACCUCCGGUAAUCCGACAAACAUUAUGCAGGGCAGUGUCGGACUAUCGAA